GUUUACGGUGCAGCAGUUGAAGCUGGCUGGCAUGGGCGUCCCACCGCUGAAGGCGGCUGCGUUCUCCGCCCAGGAGCUACGAGCUGAAGGGUACACGUUACCAGAGCUCAACUGCGGCUUUACGAUCGCCGAGCUGAAAGCUGCGGGCGUUUCCGCUGCCGAGUUUGUGGCGGCACGCUACCACGCCCAGAGCCUCCGUGACGCCGGUUUCACUGCUCAGGAUUUCAAGGCCGAAGAUUUCCGGGCUGCGGGCGUCACGGAGCAACUCCAGGUCGUUGGCUUCACUGCGGCGGAGCUCCGCUUCGCGGGCUUCACGGCGCCCGAGCUCCAACGCUCCGGCUUCCAGGCCUCCAAGCUGAAAAUUGCCGGCUUUUCGACCGAAGAAGUUCAUCCCACAGGCAUCUCCGCGAAGCAGCUCCUGGCAGAAGGCCGCAGCGGCAAAGACCUUCGCGAUGCGGGCUUCAGUGCUUUGGAGCUGAAGGAAGCCAAUGCGCAGUUUAGCGAUGCCUCGACGCUGAAAGCCCUGGGCUACUCGGCCGCGGAGGUCGGCUCGGCCGGCUUCUCCGCUCUGGCGCUGCUGAAGGCUCGGUACACGUAUCCCGAGCUGGCUCUAGCGGGCAUCACCGGCAAGCAGCUGAAAGAGGAGGGAUGCCAACUCCGGGAUUUGAAGGCCGUGGGCUUCAAUGCCAAGCAACUGAGAGAAGCCGGCUACACGGCGCAGGAGAUCUAUGCCGUGGGCUUUGGGAGUAUCGACCUCUCCAUGGCAGGAAUCGAAGGGCCACAGUUCCGCUAG